CGUUAAUAUGCAUGGACUCAAGAGGGUUCUGAUAUUGGACUGGGACGUCCACCACGGGAACGGGACCCAGCACAUGUUCGAGAGCGACCCGAGGGUUCUCUAUGUGAGCCUGCACCGUUACGAUAACGGUGGGUUCUUCCCCUGCUCCACCGACGCCCAUUACUCCUGCGUCGGCCUCGAGUCCGGCAAGGGAUUCAACGUCAACAUUCCCUGGAAUCUUCAG